GUCUCCUAAUAACUUUGUUAAAAAUUGUGUUUUGUGUUUUAGACCACAAUGAACGUGGAACAUGAAAUUAGCCUCUUAGUUGAGGAGAUUCGGCGGCUGGGGACCAAAAAUGCCGAUGGACAAGUGAGCGUGAAAUUUGGUGUGCUCUUCUCUGAUGAAAAGUGUGCCAACCUCUUUGAAGCCCUAGUGGGAACUCUUAAGGCUGCAAAACGACGAAAGAUUGUCACUUAUCAAGGAGAGCUGCUUUUACAAGGUGUUCAUGACAAUGUUGAUAUCAUGCUACUGCAAGACUGAUGCAAUGUGCAUUUCAGCAGUGUUAAUUGUAUUGUUGGAGACGGUGACUUCCAACAUCCUCUGAAUCAGACUGAUCAUUCUUAUGUGUUUUGAUGCAUUUUCUAUAUCUUUAUAGUUGAAAGGAAAUUUUCCUAUUUUGGAAAAACAUUCCCUUUUGUAAUUCUUCCUAAAACAGUACUGUACAUGAUCAAGGUAUAAAGAUGCCAGUUCUUUUUAUUUUAUUUUAUUUUAUUUUUUUAAAUCUCAGGUAAUACUUUUAAUGGUGGUUAUUUUCAACAUAUGAAGAAUGGAACUGGUAUUUUAAUGUUUACAAAUCAAAACGUGCCAUGAAAGUAAAAAAUAAAGGAACAUACAUUAUAUAAUUCUUA